UACCCCUCAAAAAAAUCCCAUAAUUCCCCAAUAAUUCCCAUAAAAAUAACAUGACAUCAGUUUGCUCCCCGCCCACGCCCUUCCCGUCUACUGCCCUGAUAGGUAGGUAGGCCCCAGUUUGCUGAGAUCCUCUAAACUUUCUACGCUACUCAGCCAAGCAAGAAAACAUUUGUGGAUUCCAAUUCACUAUCUCUUGUCCCAUCUAUCAAUCCCGCCAUGCUCUUGGCCUGAUACCCCGAAUCCCCCUUCCUUCCUCAUGCCAAGUGCCUGAGUCUGGAGGAAGCAACGCCCUUCUUUUUUUUUGCUUCAGGGACGAGCUAGAUCUCACAGAUACCCCUCACAAAUCGCCUAGAUGGCUAUCAACCUCCCCGUCUUCAGGUCCGUCAGGUCACGGCACAAGGGUCCAAAGCCAGAAGGCAAUGGCGGCAUAUUAACAGACGAUGCAUCGCCGCCGGCUACAACGAAAGCCCCGUCGCUGAAGGACGGCAACAACAACAACAACAUAGUCCAUGCCAGCCGACCCCGCAAAUGGCUCACCAUUAUCGCAUGCCUGCUUCUCUUCAUAGGGUUUAUCUUCCUGAUACUGAUUCUCACUGCACAAACGAGCGUCAAACCAGUCUUAAAGUCAACAUGGUUCAUCAGGAUCGACCUCUCCAACAUCCUCGUCCGCGCCUCCACCCCAGGCAGCGACUUCCCCCUCCUAAACUCCAUAGCCCGCUCCCUCGGCCUGCACGACUUCUACCUCGUCGGCCUAUGGAACUACUGCGAGGGCUACAACGAUGAAGGCAUAACCAACUGCAGCAAGCCCACCAGCCUCUACUACUUCAACCCCGUCAAGAUCCUCCUCUCCGAGCUCCUCGCCGGCGCCACCAUCACCCUCCCCGCCGACAUCCUCACCAUCCUUCACCUCAUCCAACUCGCCUCCAACGCAAUGUUCACCCUCUUCCUCCUCGGCGUCAUCCUAACCUUCCUCUCCCUCCUCCUCUCUCCCCUCUCCCUCCUUCGCUCUCCCCACUUCUCGCCCCGCGAACGCAGCUGCUGGGUCGGCUGCGGGCUGGGCUUGCUCAGUUUCCUCGCUGCGUUUUGCACGAUCGUGGCGAGUGUUGUGGGGACGGUGAUGUUUACGAUUAUGCGGAAUGUGCUUAGGAGUCAGCCGAUGCUGAAUAUUGGGGCGGUGUUGGGAGUGCAGAUGUUGGCGUUUAUGUGGGUUGCGUCUGGGGCGGUGCUGGGUGCGUUCGUGUUGCAGGUUAGGUGUUGUUGUUGUUGUAGGAAUGGGAGGAAGGAGAAGAGGAGGGCGAGGAGGAGGGAGAAGGAGAUGAGUGGUGGGGAGGUGGGGGAGAAGGGGGGGUUGUUUGAGAAUUUGAGGAGGAGGGGGAAGGGGGGGGAGGCUUGA